UAAUUUCAUACAAAUCUUUCCAAGAAAUUGCCUACUAAACUAUCCACUUAUUCCAAAAACUAGAUUUUGAAUAUGGUCCCAAGUCUCAAACACAUAGAAGAAUUUUCAGCUACAAAUUACAGUUAUAUUUCAUAUCCAUUAUAGGCCAAUCACUCAGAAAAAUCAAGAAAAUGGGUCAGUUUCAAAGAGUUGCAAAAAUCUUAAACUUGCUAUUUCUGUGUUUUCUUGAUCUAACUCAUGCUGAUCCUCCUUACCAACUUUGUCCAGACAUCAAUAACCGAACAUCUAGCGUCGCGUUUCAGAACAACCUCAAUAAUCUAUUGCAAUCUCUUCCGACCAAUGCUUCCGUUUUUAAAACAUUCAGUUCCGCUAUCGGAAAUAACACGGAUGACAAAGUUUAUAGCCAAUUUAUGUGCCUAAACUAUAUACCAAGCGAAAAAUGUAGCACCUGCAUACGCACUGCAUCGGAAGAUAUCAAUUCGCUGUGUACGAACAAAUCAGAAGCAAUCAUAUGGGAGGAGGAUUGCCAGUUACGCUACUCGAAUCGCAGUUUCUUAGGCCAGUUAGAUGUGUCCGGAAACGAUCCAUUAUACAACAAAAAAAAUAUUUCAAGCCCAGAUCAGUUUAAAUCACUGGUGAAUCAAACUGUUUAUGGUCUAAUAAAUCAGGCAGCUUUUAACCGUUCUUUGAACAUGUAUGCAACUGGUGAAGCCGCCUUUACGAGUACGGAUAAUCUGUAUGCUUUAGUUCAGUGCACCACGGAUUUAUCUUCAGAUGACUGUCGUACCUGCCUUCGGGUUGCGUUAGCGAAUCUUUCGAGUUGCUGCUAUUUCUCUCGGGGUGCGAGGCUACUUAGCCGGAGUUGCUAUUUAAGGUACGAGUUGUAUGCGUUUUAUAAAGGUGCAACUUCUGAAGAAAAUCAGGGGACAGUUGGAGGGAAAAAAAACAAGACAUGGAUUGUUAUAAUUCUUACAGCUACAUCAGCAAUUCUGAUGAUAUUAGUACUUAUUUUGUUCAUAUAUUGCCGUUUUGUGGGGAAGCGAAAUGCGAAACGGAGGAGUGAAAUUGUAAAUCAAGAAUGUCCGUUGAAGCUGCAGAAUAUUGUUGAUCCAGCCAACAAUUUUUUGCAGAGUCGAAGUCAUCAUGGAAGAGACAGACUUUAUGCUAAAGAUUCUGGUUUUAUGGAUUUAGCAUCUAUACAUUUAGCUACUGAUAAUUUCUCUGAAUCGAAUUUUGUUGGUCAAGGCGGUUUCGGCCCUGUUUAUAAGGGGAAAUUAAGCGACGGAAAUGAAGUAGCAGUGAAGAGGCUUGCGAGUAGCUCCGAGCAGGGAACAGAGGAAUUCACAACUGAAGUUCAGUUAAUAAUGAAACUUCAGCACAAGAACCUCGUCAGGCUUCUUGGUUUUUGUUUUGAUGGUGAAGAGAAGCUUCUUGUCUAUGAAUUCAUGCCUAACAGCAGCCUAGAUGUUAUUCUCUUUGAUCGCAAGAAACGUGCUCAACUUGAGUGGCGCAAAAGGACUAAUAUCAUAAAUGGAAUAGCGAAAGGACUUCUUUAUCUUCAUGAAGAUUCUCGUCUUCGAAUAAUUCAUCGAGAUCUUAAAGCAAGCAAUAUCUUAUUGGACAGCGAAAUGAAUCCUAAGAUUUCAGAUUUUGGAACGGCGAGGAUAUUUGGCAGUGAAGAGGACGCCAAUACUUGCAGAAUAACCGGCACUAUUGGAUAUAUGGCGCCAGAGUAUGCAAUGGAGGGGCUAUACUCCACAAAAUCUGAUGUUUUCAGUUUCGGGGUUCUUUUGCUUGAGAUUAUAACGGGUAAAAAGAACACCGGAUUCAACAAAUCAAACAAUGCUCCUAAUCUCUCAGCAUAUGCAUGGUACCUAUGGAAUAAAGGAAAUGAGAUGGAGUUGAAGGAUCCAUUGUUGGCUGGUUCUUGCUGUGAUGAAGAAUUUUCAAGAUACAUGCACAUAGGUUUAUUAUGCCUUCAAGAAGAUGCUUCCGACAGGCCGACCAUGUCAUCUGUAAUUUUAAUGUUAAAAACCGAAUCUGUAACUCUUGCACAACCUCAAAGGCCUGCCUUUUCCAUGGGAAGAUUCACUACCCAAAUUGAACCAAAUUUUAAUGAUUGUUCCACCAAUGAUUUAACCCUUUCUAAUAUUUCCGCCAGAUGAUAUACUUUAAAUUAAUUAGUUGUAUUUUAAUUUUAGGAAAUGUAAUUAAUUUGUUCUUGAUUUCUGAUCAAUAUUUUAUUUUUGGAAAUCCUGUGUAAACUUGGACAUCAAAAUCAAAAAAGAUUAGCAAAAAGCAGAAUCAUUUUGCAUUUGUUUAAUAUAUAAGUGAUUAAUUUUUA